AUGAACGACCAGUACCACCGAGCAGCCCGAGAUGGCUACCUGGACCUGCUAAAGGAAGCCACCAGGAAGGACCUAAACUCGCCCGACGAGGAUGGCAUGACCCCGACCCUCUGGGCUGCUUAUCACGGCAACUUGGAGGCGCUGAGGCUGAUAGUUAGCAGAGGGGGUGAUCCAGACAAAUGUGACAUCUGGGGGAACACACCUCUUCACCUAGCGGCAGCCAAUGGCCAUCUGAACUGCCUCUCCUUCCUGGUGUCAUUUGGGGCCAACAUCUGGUGUCUGGACAAUGACUACCAUACGCCACUGGACAUGGCUGCCAUGAAGGGACACAUGGAGUGCGUGCGGUACCUAGACUCCAUUGCCGCCAAGCAGAGCAGUCUCAACCCCAAGCUGGUGAGCAAGCUGAAGGACAAGGCUUUCAGAGAUGCAGAGAGGAGGAUCAAGGACUGCGUGAAGAUGCAGAAAAAGCACCACGAGCGGAUGGAGAAGAGGUACAAGAAGGAGAUGUCUGACAACUCCGACACCAUGAGCUUCUCCAGCUACUCCAGCAGCACUCUGAGCAGGAAGUUCCAGCACAUGUCCAUGGUGACGUCCCUGCCAUAUUCCCAAGCCACCCUCCACGGCACAGCCAAGGGCAAGACCAAAAUGCAGAAGAAGCUGGAGAAGAAGAAGCAGGUGGAUGGAACGUUUAAGAUCUACGAGGAUGGGAGGAAAAGUGUGAGGUCCUUGUCGGGCUUGCAGCUGGGGAACGAUGUCAUGUUUGUGAAGCAGGGCACCUAUGCCAGCCCGAAGGAGUGGACCCGGUGCAACAUCAGGGACAUGUUUCUAACUGACGAAGAUACCGUCUCCCGUGCCAUAAGCGACCCAGGUUUGCACAUAGACUCAGCCCACUCGGAGGUCAGCACGGAUUCUGGCCAUGACUCAUUGUUUAACAGGCCUGGGCUCGGCACCAUGGUGUUCCGGAGGAACUACGUCAGCAGCGGGCUCUUUGGGAUCGGCCAGGAGGAUGCCAGCGUGCUGGGCGAGGGCAACCUGGAUGGGGUAGGUGUCAAACUGCGGAGCCGCCUGCAGCGCUCGCCAAGUCUCAACGACAGCAUCGGCAGUGCCAACAGCCUGCAGGAGAGGAACGCAGAGGAGCUGCCCUGGGAGGAGGUGGAGCUGGGCCUGGAUGAUGACAAUGAACCCGAUACCAGUCCCCUGGAGGCCUUCCUGGCUUCCCUGCACAUGUUUGAGUUCAUCUCCAUCCUGAAGAAAGAGAAGAUCGACCUGGAGGCCCUCAUGCUGUGUUCAGACAAUGACCUGAAGAGCAUCAACAUCCCACUGGGGCCUAGGAAAAAGAUAUUGGACGCCAUCCAGAGGAGGAAGCAGACCUUGGAGAGGCCUGAUGUUAUUGCAGACACCGAGCUGUAA